ACAACCCUUCCACUAAUUUCCUCUCUAUCAACCACCGCUCUUUCGCCCAAUGACGACGGCAACCGCCACGGUGAAAUUACCCACUGAGAAGCUCAUGCGUUGCUUGACAUGCCCUCUUUGCCAUAACUUGUUCACUAAUGCUACCACCAUAUCGGAAUGCCUCCACACAUUUUGCAGGGAUUGUAUAUCUGAGAAGAUAGCUGAAGAGGAAUUAGAGGGUUGUCCUAUCUGCAACACAAAUUUAGGGGGUGUGCCUUUGGAGAAACUCAGUGCUCGUUUGAAAAUAUGCAGGGCAGACCAUACAAUGGAUGAUUUAAGGGAAAAGAUAUUUCCUUGUAAAGUGAGGAAGGAGAAGGAACCUGAGAAAACACAGUUGUCAUCCUCGUCCUCAGUUUCGUUGCCUACCAAAAGAAAAGAGGGAUCAUAUACAACUACUGAUUCUGGAACAACAAAAAUGUUGUCAACAUCUACAUCACAAGAGAGCUUCGCCAAGCAACAAUGCCUUUCCACCAUGAUUGAUCACAAAAAACUUAACUUUGAUCUAAAUAAGCAGAACAAUGGCCAAGUAAUGGAGAGAAUAACUGAUGAUUUGAAUAAAAAGGAAGCAAGUGUAACAUGCUCAAAUGAUUGUAAGAUACAAGAUACUCUCGCUAAGGCAGAAACAAUCCAGAUUGAUGAUAACUAUUGUAAUAUUCAAGAACAUGGUAACAAGCCAAUUAUGGAAAGAGUUGAAAGAGGAUCUUAUGGAACAACUUCAGGUUCUAUUGAACAUGAAAAAUUGCAGGAUAUUUCGAGGGAAAAAAGAUUAGCUAGCAGCAACGGAUCCUCUGGUAAAUUGCACGAUCCUUUAGGUGACAUUGAUGCAGAUAGACAAUGCAACAAGUCAUCAAGUCCUAUAUGGUUUGCACUAGUUGCUUCUGAUCACCAGGAAGGAAAUGAGCCUUUGCCUCAGAUCUCCUCAAACUACUUGAGGGUCAGCGAUGGCAGUAUACCAGUGUCAUUUAUCCAGAAAUAUCUUGCGAAGAAACUAGGUCUUGCUAGUGAGAUUGAGGUGGAAAUCUCAUUCAAGGGCCAACCAGUGAGCUCCACAUUGCAUCUACAUGACAUUGUGGAACUGUGGCGACAUACAACCACAACAGUAGAACUAAUACAAAUAUCUGUGGGCAGCUCAGCCAAGGAUUUCGUGAUGGUUCUAUCUUAUGGUCGGAAGUGUUAUCACCCUGGAAAAUUCACAAACAUUUGUACUCACUUAAACAAUGGUGUUCAAUAAGAGAUCAAAUAAACACAUUUUAUGCAUC